AUGGCAACUCCCAUAUCCCAAUUCUUCUCGCUGGAAGGUCAAACAGCCGUAGUAACAGGCGGAACCCGGGGAAUCGGCCAAGCAGCAGCAAUAGCACUCGCGGAAAGCGGUGCAGAUAUAAUCUUGAUACAGCGCGAUCGCAGUCAAGAUUCCACAGCAAAAUCCAUAGAGGCAACAGGACGAAAAGCAACAAUAUACACCGCAGACCUAUCCUCACAGGUAGAGGUCAAGGCACUUACACCAAAGAUUCUGGAAGAUGGACAUAAAAUCAAUAUUCUUGUAAAUUGCGCGGGAAUUCAAAAACGGCAUCCUAGCGCACAGUUUCCGGACGAGGAUUGGAACGAGGUCCUCCAAGUAAACUUAACAACCGUAUUCACACUCUGCCGCGACAUCGGCGCACACAUGCUCUCCCUCGAACCCUCCCCCGUCACCGGCCGUCGCGGCUCGAUAAUCAACUUCGCAUCCCUCCUCUCCUUCCAAGGCGGACUCACCGUUCCCGCCUACGCAGCUUCCAAAGGCGCCGUCGCACAAUUAACGAAAAGUCUGGCAAACGAAUGGACGAGUAAGGGGAUUAUUGUGAAUGCAAUUGCGCCCGGUUAUAUUGAGACGGAGAUGAAUACUGCGUUGUUGAAUAACCCGGAGAGACUGAGGAGUAUUAGUGAGAGGAUCCCUGCUGGGAGAUGGGGGACGCCGGAGGAUUUUAAGGGGAGUGUGGUUUUCUUGGCGGGGAAAGGGAGUGCGUAUGUUAGUGGACAUGUGCUUGUUGUUGAUGGGGGCUGGAUGGGGAGGUGA